UAAUAAGGAGUCUGCAAGAGGCUGAUAGGCCAAUACAAGGCAGCUCCUCACUAUCCAUGAACUCAUCUAACCUCUUCUUGAAUGUAUCUUGUGUUGGCACCCACCACAUGACUGCCAGGUGUGUUCCACUCAUCCACCACUCUGUCAGUAAAUCAUUUCUUUCCUGUGUCCUGAAUUUAUCUUACUUGAACCCAUUGCUACGUGUCCUACCCGGCCCUCACACCACCAAAGUCUUAUUAACACCCCUUAUUAAUUAAAGCCCUUCAUACAUUUGUAAACCUCCGUCAAGUCUCCUCACACCCUUCGCUUUUCUAGAGAAUGCAGGUUUAAAUGUUUAGGUCUGUCCUCAUAUGGCAAGUUUCUCACCCCUAAAGAUGUAUUGUAGAGGAUUGUAACCCUUUCCCAUAUACAAACACAGGUAAACAUACACACAUUGACCCUUCCUGACCUGUCGUAACCCUCCACAGGUCCACAGCAGGGAUGUGGCCACCCCUGGCCACAGCCCCAAGUGUUCCCUGGUGGGCCAUACUCACUGAGCUCCUCCUCCUCCUCCUCCUCCUCACCCGGCUGCCGUGGAAGGAGUCACCACGGCUGUCAGCAGAACAACUUGGAGCGUCCGCCCUUCCUGCCACCAGUGGUCGGAGACUCUCUCUUCACCACACGGUCUGCAUGUCAGCAAGGCACUACAUCGGGCUCCACUACAACCUCUUCAACCUCUACAACCUCUACGGACUGUCAGAGACGAGUGCCACCAAUGCACCCCUGCAGGGUGUGGGAGCCAGGCGGCCAUUCAUCACUUCCCGCUCGUCCUUCCCCGGCCAGGGCCACUACGGGGGCCACUGGACGGGCCACGUGUGCUCCCACUGCUUCAACAUGUGGCACUCCACCGCAGUUGGUAGGCCUUCUUUAGGGGCCUGGUGGUCGGCCCGAGCCCGUCAUGGAGCAGGGCAGGUGAGUAUUUACAGUGAUGCCAUCUGUUCUGAGCGGGCAAAGGGCCACAUUAUUUAGAGAUUCCAGCGCCCAAACACACACGUGACAUGACUUUUGUAGGAGUUGUGGGCCUUUCCGUGGGUAAUUUUGUGACCCUGGUGGCAGUUUGACAAGGCUUCUGUGCCAUGAACUCUAAUUACCACUCCUGAGAAUGCAUUUUACCUCUCUCUUUGCCUUAAGAAAUAGCUGGUGUGUGAGGGUCAGUAGUGUGUAAGAAUCCCAGGCAAAGCAUUCCCCUAUCAAGUUUAUUCUUUGGUGACAUGCAGCUGUGCCCUCUCCUCUACAGCAAACACCCUUGCUCUGUCCUUAUCUCAAGUUGUUACCUGAAAACUUCUCAUCCCAUCUCUCAAAAACUUAAUGUCUUCUUCUGGCACCUUGGCCCAGCCUGCCACAUGGCUAUUGUCCACUCAGGAAGGGACGGUCCACCACACAGCCUGAUAUCAUGAGGACACUGUGAAGAGAACACUUGAUAUAACAUGAGUGCACUGAUGUAUGGCAGAAUUGUUGCAAUUUUUAAAGGCUGAAUUUAGAUUAACUUUUACAUGGAUGAUAUAUUUUUGGAGUUCAUAUUAUCAAUUUUUCACCUCCUCUUCUUCCUCCAUGUGCAUACUGUUUUUCAC